AUGAAGUCCAAGGAGCGGGCAAGAUCAGGCCCCUUAUACCCCCCAGAGCCUCCCGUCAACCCAUUCCAGACGAAGUGGACAGGCGCGACACGCCACGAGACCGACGAAGAGAAGGAAAUCCGCAUCCGCAUGAUGGCAGAGGCCGUCAAGACCUCGAAAGAGAUUGACCAGUUUCUGCUGGAGGGCAAGAAGGCUCUGGAGAGGCGGCGGAAAGCAAUUAAAAUUCUCCUGCUAGGCCAGUCGGAGUCAGGAAAGAGUUCUGUUUUGAAGAACUUUCAGAUCGCGUUCGCACCGAAACUGUUUGACAGCGAGCGUCCAGCCUGGAAGGUUAUCAUCCAAUUGAAUGUCAUUGCGACAAUUAAAACCAUCCUCGACGCGUUGAAGGAGGAAUUCGACCCCGAAGACAGAGGUUACCCAAGCACACCCUCCGAUGCAACUAACAGCCCCGCCCUACGGACCCUCAGAAGACUACGACUCAGUCUGUCCCCACUCCUACUCAUCGAAAGCAACCUCAUCAAGAUCCUCGCCCCCGAAUGCACCGACUCGCGCGACCUCAGCGUCCGUGCGGGCAACGGCUGGAAGACGCUCCUGCGCCAGAAAGGCCCCGUGCCACGCAACUCUGCGGGCUCUGUCAACUCGCUCGGGCGCCGGCCGUCCCAUGGUGUUAUUACCCAGGAGAAUGACCCGACGUCGGUGCUCAGCGCCCAGCGCGACGAUAUCAUCAACAUGUGGAAGAGUAGGGAGGUGCAGGAUAUUCUGCGGCGGAGACGGCCGAGGCUUGAGCUCGUUCCAGGGUUUUUCAUGGACGACCUCGAACGGAUAGCUGUGAUGGACUAUGUACCCACAGAUUCGGAUAUUAUUCGGGCUCGGAUGAAGACGAUUGGGGUCGAGGAGCACCAAUUCAAGGUGGAGCAAGGCUCUGAGAGCAGUUCUGAAUUCUACAUCACGGACGUGGGAGGAACAAGGAACCAACGCGCUUCUUGGGCACCAUUCUUUGAUGACGUCCAAGCUAUCCUAUUCCUCGCGCCGCUAGCCUUCAACCAGAACCUCGAGGAAGAUCCCAAGACCAACAGACUUGAGGAUAGCUUAAAUCUUUGGAAAGACAUUUGCGGCAAUAGACUUCUGUCAAAUGCAAACCUUAUUCUGUUCUUCAACAAGAAGGACGUGCUGGAAGCAACCCUGGCUGCGGGUGUCCAGAUCAGAAAAUAUGUGAAGACAUACGCUGAUCUCCCAAACGAUGUACCCACCGCGACCAAGUACUUCAGAGACAAGUUCCGCAUAAUUCACAAAAAGCUGUCGGCGGAGCCAAGACCAUUCAUAUGCCACGAAACGUCGGCCAUUGACAUCAAGUCAAUGUCGGUCCUUUUAAUCGGCGUGCGCGAGUCCAUCCUGCGCCAAAAUCUACGCGACGGAGAUAUAAUCUGA